AUGUUUAGAUCUAUUAAUAUUUACUCAAUCGGUCGAUCAAUUUUUUCAGUUUUUCAGUAUCGCAGUUUGGCCGUAAAUAGGGAUUUAUCGCUCAUUUGUGUAUCCAAUGGAUGUAAUUUCGGCAAGCCACGUUCAUUUUCCACAAAAAAACGUCGUGUUUUUUAUAGAUCUCCGGGUAAUAGUCGAUUAUUGUACUUGAAUUCGCGGUAUGAACACAAGAAAUCCAGUUACAGGGGUGGUUUUCAAAUUUUUAUGUUCUUUGCAACAUUUGUAACAGGGUGUAUUUUUAUACUUUAUUAUGUUGAAAAUUUGCGUAAUACUUUGGUGGAUAAAACUGGAUUGGUUGCUGGUGAAAUUUUAACCAGUGAUGCAUUUAAAGAAUCUGCCAACAGAGCAGCUAAUGAUGUUAUACAUAAUAUUUUGAAAGAUAAAAUUAUUAAAGAAAACUUUACCGUUUUAAUUAGGGAAAUUUUAUCUGAGUCCCAAGAUGCUAUCAAUCAAGUCGUGGCUAAUGCUGCAGAAUCUGAACUAGCUUUUGUUGCAACCAAAAAAUUGUCUGAAAAGGUUGUGAAAGAGUUAUGUGCUGAUCCUACUGUGCAUAACAAUUUUGGAUAUCUUUUAUUGAGUGCUAUAAACACUGAAAAUAGUGUUACCGGUGCUAUGAAAUGGAUUGAAGAGAUGUCUAAGAAGAAAGAUACAAUUGAUGCAUUGCGUAUUAUGAUUACUGAUCGAAUAAUGCAAGAUGAACAGUUACUUAGAAAUGCAGUUGAUUUUUGUGGUCGUGUCCGUGAAGGUUUUCUCACAGACAAAAAUUCCACUGAACAAGCUUUGGUUUUUUUACAAACGGUUUUACAACAACCUGCCUUACAUUCGCAUUUAUCUCAGACGCUAUGGGAAGUAGUUAAACUGUCAAUAACGCCAAAAAGGAAUAAACAAGAUAAAAUCGAAGUCCUGAACUUUAAUUUUGCGCAAAAAUAG